GUUGCUCUCAAGGCGCCGUACAUACUACUUGAAGGAAUUCUCGAGGAAGUGAAUAAAGGUUGGGGAUCCAUCGUCUUUUAAGCCCACCCGUCCUCAACAAAGUCUGGCCUAUACUCGCAACUGGGAGUCUCCCUCUAACCAUGGAGAAGUACGACCACUCGAGAGCUGCGCAGUUCAUCGGCGGUAAUACCCUCGACAAGGCCCCGUCCGGUCCUGUUGCAGAUUUCGUGAAAAGUCAUGGCGGACACACAGUCAUCACGAAGGUUCUCAUUGCCAACAAUGGUAUUGCUGCUGUGAAGGAAAUUCGUUCCAUCAGGCAAUGGAGCUAUGAAACGUUUGGGACCGAGCGUGCAGUCGAGUUCACAGUGAUGGCCACGCCAGAGGAUCUGAAGGUGAAUGCCGAAUACAUUCGCAUGGCGGACCGCUACGUGGAAGUGCCGGGCGGCUCGAACAACAAUAACUAUGCCAACGUUGACCUCAUCGUUGAUGUCGCUGAACGCGCUGGAGUACAUGCUGUGUGGGCCGGGUGGGGACAUGCUUCCGAGAACCCGCGCCUGCCGGAGAGUCUCGCUGCGAACAAGAUUGUCUUCAUUGGCCCUCCGGGGAGCGCCAUGCGCAGCCUAGGAGACAAGAUUUCCAGUACGAUCGUUGCGCAGAGCGCGGAAGUCCCGACCAUGGCGUGGUCGGGCACGGGCAUCUCGGAGACUGCAAUGUCGGAGCAGGGGUUUGUGACGGUGGCGGACGAUGUGUACAAGCGGGCAUGUGUUACGACAGUCGAGGAAGGUAUGGUAAGGGCGGAAGAGAUUGGAUACCCGGUCAUGAUCAAGGCGAGCGAAGGCGGUGGCGGUAAGGGUAUUAGGAAGGUGGAGGCACCCGAGCAGUUCAAGAACGCGUUCAGUGCAGUGGCAGGAGAGAUUCCUGGCUCUCCUAUUUUCAUUAUGAAGCUGGCGGGACAGGCGCGCCAUCUAGAGGUCCAGCUGCUUGCGGACCAGUACGGCAAUGCGAUCUCGCUUUUCGGACGUGACUGUUCGGUGCAACGGCGCCACCAGAAAAUCAUCGAAGAGGCUCCAGUCACGAUUGCCAAGCAGGACAUAUUUGAGGAGAUGGAACGCGCGGCUGUGCGCCUGGCGAAGCUGGUCGGUUAUGUCAGCGCAGGAACGGUCGAAUACUUGUACAGCCAUGCAGAGGAUGUCUUCUACUUUUUAGAACUAAAUCCGCGUCUGCAAGUUGAGCACCCGACAACGGAGAUGGUCUCCGGGGUUAAUCUGCCUGCAGCACAAUUGCAGGUCGCGAUGGGCAUUCCACUUCAUCGCAUUCGGCACAUUCGCCAGCUGUACGGUGUGGCCCCCAACGGGAUGUCUGAGAUCGACUUCGAGAUGGUUGAUCCCGAGGCGAGCAAGCUGCAGCGCAAGCCGCGCCCUAAAGGCCAUGUCGUAGCCGUGCGCAUCACCGCCGAGAACCCCGAUGCGGGUUUCAAGCCAUCCUCCGGCUCACUGCAGGAGCUCAACUUCCGCUCGAGCACAAAUGUAUGGGGCUACUUCUCCGUCGGCACGGCGGGCGGGCUGCACGAGUUCGCGGACUCUCAGUUCGGUCACAUCUUCGCGUACGGUGAGGACCGCGGCGAAAGUCGGAAGAACAUGGUUGUCGCGCUCAAGGAGCUGAGCAUCCGCGGCGACUUCCGCACGACCGUCGAAUAUCUGAUCAAGCUGCUGGAAUUACAGGCGUUCGAGGAGAAUACCAUCACGACGGGCUGGCUGGACUCGCUCAUCAGCGACAAGCUCACCGCUGAGCGUCCGGAUGCCACGCUUGCGGUUAUAUGCGGCGCUGUCACUAAGGCACACCUUGCUUCGGAGGCGUCGUGGGCAGAGUACAAGCGCAUCCUGGACAAGGGCCAGGCGCCCUCGCGUGAUGUACUCAAGACAGUCUUCACGAUCGACUUCAUCUACGAUAAUGUCCGCUAUUCGUUCACUGCGACACGGUCUUCCCUGACAACCUGGACGCUCUACCUGAACGGCGGCAGGACGCUGGUCGGUUCUCGUCCUCUCGCCGAUGGCGGUCUAUUGGUACUACUGGAUGGAAAGAGCCACUCGGUCUAUUGGAGAGAGGAGGUCGGCGCACUGCGCUUGAUGAUCGACUCGAAAACGUGCUCGAUUGAGCAAGAGAACGACCCUACUCAGCUGAGGAGCCCCAGCCCGGGCAAGCUUGUCCGGUAUCUGGUCGAGAGCGGCGAUCACAUCAAUGCUGGAGAGGCCUACGCUGAAAUAGAGGUUAUGAAGAUGUAUAUGCCCCUGACCGCAUCGGAAGACGGUAUUGUGCAGUUUGUGAAGCAACCGGGUGUAAGCUUGGAUCCAGGUGCGAUCAUCGGUAUCCUUACGCUUGACGAUCCCGCCCGCGUGAAGCACGCGAAGCCAUUCGAGGGCCUCCUGCCUGCUAUGGGUCCCCCAAAUGUCAUCGGGAACAAGCCACAUCAGCGCCUCCGUCACUACUUGAACAUCCUGAAUGACAUUCUGGACGGCUUCGACAACCAGGCAAUUAUGGCUUCCACCUUCAAGGACCUCAUCUCGGUGCUCGAGAACCCGGAUUUGCCGUUCUCGGAAGUGUCAGCCAUCCUGUCGGCUUUGUCUGGUCGAAUAUCUUCGAAGCUCGAGGACAGCAUUCGUGCUGCAAUCGAGACUGCACGAGGUAAAGGUGAUGCGACCGAGUUCCCGGCGGUGCGCAUCAAGAAACUGAUGGAGCACUUCAUGGAGGACAACAUCCGUGCGCAGGACCGGCCGAUGUUCCGGACGCAGCUCAGUGCGCUGUUUGAUGUCGUCGAGCGGUACUCGAAUGGCCUGAGGGGGCAUGAGGUCAACACGAUCGCGGAGUUGCUGGCGCGCUACGAAGAGACGGAGAAGCUAUUCGGUGGGAGCAUUGAAGCGCGCGUGCUUGCGCUGCGCGAGCAAUACAAGGACGACCUGGAAAAGGUCGCGCAGCUCGUCCUGAGUCAUAUGAUGGCGCAGCGUAAGGGACGACUGGUUACGCUUAUCCUCGAUCACGUUAAGAACAGUGGCUCAACUGUGUCGAACCCGGACAGCAAGCUGUAUCAGGUGCUGCAGGGGUUGGCGUCACUAGAGGCGAGGUCAUCCACGCAGGUAGCGCUGAAGGCUCGGGAGGUCCUCAUCUCAUGUCAGAUGCCUUCAUAUGAGGAGCGCAAGGGACAGAUGCAGGGUAUCCUCAAGGCUUCGGUCACGAAUAGUUUCUAUGGCGAGCAGGGCAAUGACGUCAGACAACCAUCUGCGGAUGUGCUGAGAGAGCUGAUCGACUCGAGAUAUACGGUGUAUGACGUGCUGCCGACAUUCUUUAAUUUCCACGAGCAGUGGGUCACAUUUGCUGCACUGGAAGUCUAUGUCAGGCGUGCAUAUCGUGCCUACAGCUUGCUAUCUAUCGAUUACGAGGAGGGUGAUGGUCUUGACGACGGGGAUGCUCCUCACAUCGUUACCUGGCGAUUCAACCUUCCUCAGUCGCAUUCGCCACCCACAACUCCUAGCCUUGCCAACGUUGCUCGCAGGCAGGCGUCUGUCAGCGAUCUGACAUACAUGAUCAACAAACACCAGAAGCAACCUCUGCGUACCGGUGCCAUCGCAUCGUUCCCGAAUUUUGCGGCGCUGACGAGGGGCUUCGACAAGGUCGCGAGCACCCUGCCGCCAUUCGACGUUCAAGAGUACCGCGAGCGAUACGGAGCUAAUAAUCAGCCUCCUAAUGUCCUGAAUAUGGCGCUCAGAAUCUUCAAGGAGACCGAUGACUUGUCGGAUAGUGCUUGGUACGAGAAGGCCCAUGAACUGGUCAACCAGCGGAGCCGUGUUCUCGCUCAGCGUGGUGUUCGACGUAUCUCCAUUCUUAUCUGCAGACCCGGCUUGUACCCGCAAUACUUCACUCUGCGCAACAUGGGCUCGUCCUGGGAGGAAGAGCAGGCCAUCCGUAACGUUGAGCCGGCGCUCGCGUACCAGCUGGAGCUCAGCCGGUUGUCAAACUAUAACCUUACACCGUGCUUCACGGAGAGCAAGCAGCUCCACAUCUACCAUGCUGUCGCGCGCGAGAACCAACUGGACAGCCGGUUCUUUAUUCGAGCUCUUGUUCGGCCUGGUCGCGUCCGUGGCGACAUGAACACGGCCAAGUACCUGAUCUCCGAGACCGAUCGUCUUGUUACGAACAUCCUGGACACCCUCGAGGUGGUAUCUGCCCAGCACAGAAAUGCGGAUGUCAACCAUAUCUUUAUGAACUUCAUCUACAACCUCCCUGUCACUUAUGAGGAUGUCCUCGAGGCGAUUGCAGGAUUCAUCGAGCGACAUGGCAAGCGCCUCUGGCGUCUGCAUGUCACCGGAUCGGAGAUCCGUAUCGUUCUCGAGGACAAUGAAGGCAACGUUAUGCCGAUCCGCUGCAUCGUCGAGAACGUCUCCGGCUUCAUCGUGAACUAUCACGGCUACCAGGAGAUCACCACAGACAAGGGUACCACAAUCCUGAAAUCGAUCGGCGAGAAAGGCCCUCUUCAUUUGCAGCCAGUUCACCAACCGUAUCCGACCAAGGAGUCGCUGCAGCCGAAGCGAUACCAAGCUCACCUUAUUGGCACGACUUAUGUGUACGACUUCCCCGACCUCUUCUCUAAAGCAUUAAGCAACGUCUGGGCAAAGGCGCGCACCCUCAACAACUCAUGUCCGUUGCCGAAGAAGGUUCUCGAGUCGAGAGAGCUGAUCUUGGACGAGAACGACCAGCUACAGGAGGUUGACAGAGCACCUGGCAACAACACUUGUGGUAUGGUGGGAUGGGUCUUCACGUUGCGCACGCCGGAAUGCCCGGACGGACGCCGAGCUGUGGUCAUCGCGAACGAUAUCACGUAUAAGAUCGGCUCGUUCGGCCCCGAGGAAGACCAGUUCUUCUACUUAGUUUCGCAAUAUGCGCGCGAGCAGGGAUUGCCCCGCAUUUACUUGUCCGCGAAUUCAGGCGCUCGUAUCGGGUUGGCAGAGGAGGUGAUGAGCCUUUUCUCAUGUGCUUGGAAUGAUCCAGCACAUCCAGAGAAGGGUGUUGACUACCUCUAUCUCACCCACGAGAACUUCCUCAAGCUGCAGGAGAAGGCUGCAAGUUCCGCACGGACCGUAGAAGUCGAACAUGGUGGCGAGCUUCGCCACAAAAUCGUUGAUAUAAUCGGUCUUCAGGAUGGGCUCGGCGUGGAGUGUCUGAAGGGUUCUGGUCUCAUUGCCGGCGAGACAUCUCGUGCGUACGACGACAUUUUCACGAUCACCCUCGUUACUGCUCGAUCCGUUGGUAUCGGUGCAUACCUCGUUCGCCUUGGCGAACGUGCUGUCCAGGUCGAAGGCCAGCCGAUCAUUCUUACUGGCGCACCGGCACUCAACAAGGUGCUCGGACGAGAGGUGUACACUUCCAACCUGCAGCUUGGUGGCACCCAAAUCAUGUACAAGAACGGUGUGUCGCACCUGACAGCGAGCAGCGAUCUGGAGGGCGCCACACAUAUCCUCGAGUGGCUCUCCUACGUGCCAGAAGUCAAGGGUGCUCCGCUGCCUAUUGUCGAGUCUGCUGAUCCGUGGGACCGUGACAUUGGGUACAGCCCGCCCAAGGGUCCAUACGACCCGAGGUGGUUCAUUGAGGGCAAGACAGACGAGACUACGUCGGAAUGGAUGCCUGGCUUCUUCGACAAGGGAUCCUUCCAGGAGACGUUGAGCGGAUGGGCGCAGACUGUCGUCGUGGGACGUGCUCGCCUUGGAGGCAUCCCUAUGGGUGUCAUUGCUGUUGAGACGCGUACGGUUGAGCGACUCGUCCCCGCCGAUCCUGCCAACCCUACGUCGUUCGAGCAGCGUAUCAUGGAGGCUGGCCAAGUGUGGUACCCUAACUCGGCGUACAAGACAGCGCAAGCCAUCUUCGACUUCAACCGCGAAGGCCUCCCGCUGAUCAUCUUCGCUAAUUGGCGUGGCUUCUCUGGCGGACAGCAAGACAUGUACGAUGAAAUCCUAAAGCAAGGUUCGAAGAUUGUCGACGGUCUCUCGAGCUACAAGCAACCGGUGUUUGUGUACAUUGUGCCGAAUGGCGAGCUUCGCGGUGGCGCGUGGGUCGUGCUUGAUCCUUCCAUCAAUUCGCAGCAGAUGGAAAUGUAUGCAGACGUCGAUUCGCGAGCGGGUGUUCUUGAGCCAGAGGGUAUCGUGGAGAUCAAGAUGCGACGCGACAAGAUCCUCAAGUUGAUGGAGCGUCUAGACUCAACAUAUGCUACGCUCAAGAAGGACAGCACGGACUCCUCGAAGAAUGCUGAUGAACGUGCGGCCGCAAUGGAUGCGCUUGCGCAAAGGGAGACGCUCUUGCAGCCUACUUACAAGCAAAUUGCUCUGCUUUACGCCGAUCUACAUGAUCGUGUUGGUCGCAUGGAAGCCAAGGGUUGUGCGAAAUCAAUGGUCUGGAAGGAUGCUCGACGACGCUUCUAUUGGUCCGUUCGAGCUAAGAUCGCUUGGUCCGCUGCAAUGGCAGAGCUUGCCGAGGCAAGUCCAGAUUCAAGUACUGAAUAUCGUACCACUCUGCUCGAAAGGCUUGCAUCCGUUGAUAGCAGCACGGAACGGCGCGCGGUGGCUGAGGUGCUGGAGGCACUCGACCUCACUGCCGCAGUUGCCCAGUUGAAAGCAGACCACCUAAUGCGGAGCAUGCUUGCUCUGGCCCAUGAGGACCGCAAGGCGACGCUGGAUGGACUGAUCCGCCUUGUGGAUAACCUGACGGAUGACGAAAAGGCGACACUCACCGGUGCGCUACAGAAUUCUGGCCGUUCUCCAGGGCCACCGUCCUAUUCGAAUGUCUCGGGUACAGCCUAGGACUAAGAGGAUAGAUUCCACUUGAUCAUUGCGUUGUUUUUUUUUCCUUUCGGAUCAUACAUACACUUUAGAUUGUAGCAUACCCGUGUAAUAGCUCUGUUGCUGUCUGCUCUCCGCUAGCUUUUGAACACACAUCCAUGCAUGAGGUGAACUGAAUGUCGUUCCCUUUCACUGGAUAUUCGUCUGGAACGCGUUAAUUAAGCAAGACGCGUCGGGACACGGCCCAA